AUGAAUAAUUUAUCAUGUCUACCCAAACCAAAGAUGAAAGAAUUUAAAAUUAAAAGUUUUUAUGAAACUGAUAGUAGAAUAAAAAUUUCAUUAUUAUUAAAUUGUGAAUAUAAUUUAAUGAAUAUUAAUGAUGUUUAUAUUUCCCUAGAUAGUAAAGAAAUUCCAGAGAUUGAAAAUUUAUUUAAAAAAAUGGAUUUUACAAAAGUUAGUUUUAUUGAAUUUGAUGUAACAGGAAAGACAAUAAUUUUUGAUAUUCUUUUACAAUAUUUUAAACAAAAUUCAUCAAUUGGAACAUUAAUAAUAGAUAUCAAACGUAGUCCAAUAUUUGAAAGUUUUUCAAAUUUUAUAAAAAAAUUAAAUUAUGUUUCAUGUUUACAUUUAAAAAAAUUAUGUUUUUCUCAUGAAAAUAUACCAAAAAAUUAUAUAUUACCAAUGACCAAAACAAUGGAAUAUUUAUUUAUUGAAGAAUGUCAAUGUACAUCAUUUGUCAAUUCUGAAAUGAUUAACAAAUUAUUUUCUAAUAAUAAUAAUCUUAAAAAUAUUGCUAUUUUUUCAAAAUGUAAUACUUUUCAAAAUGAUUUAUUUAAAAGUAUAAGAAAUAGACAGAAAUUAUCUAUCAAUCAAAAGAUUAAUGUUAUAAAUUAUACUGUUUAUCUUUUAUCAUCAAAUGAUAAUGAUGAGGUAAAUAGAUAUCUUCAACAAAUUUUUCCCCAUAAAAAUUUUAUUGUAUCUCAGUGGUGUACGAGUAUUCAUACAAUUGAUUGUUAUAAUACUGGUCAAUGUACAGUAAGUGAAAUAAGAAUAGAUGCUUUAUCUUAA